GAGCAGCUUGCCAUCUGAGUAGAAAGGCGAGAAGAGACACGCGUUUGGCCACCGUGACAGUCUCCCGUAGUCAGACCAAGUUGAUAGAAUGAAGAUAGUCGUUCCUUUACUAGUAGACUGCAGCUGAACCGUCAUUGAAAAGGAUAUGAUCAUGUGCAUGCCCCUAGAUGCCCCUACCAUAGAUCCACCAAUAUAAUGAGCCCAGCAAUGUGAACACUCGUCCAAUGCAGGCGCCAGACAUCGUAGUCACUAGACGGUUCGCAUCAUUUUGCCUACCGAAUAGUGCCAGUCAAUCGCUCUUUCUACUCUCGCCAUGUCUGACAUAGUUUGGCGACCAGAAGAUGAUCCAGAUAUUAGACCACCGAAGCAGGAGGGCCAGGUAUACAGGCCUGACAUGCUGAACGUGAUUGACACGACCCUUGAUGGACUGAGCAGCGAGCUGAGGGCUUUAAGUCUCGAUAUUCAUGGGCAUCCAGAGCUGAAGUACGAAGAAAGAUAUGCCCACGAUGCAUAUACUGCAUUUAUGGAAAAACAUGGUUUUGCAGUGACCAAGAAUUAUCAUCUUGAGACUGCGUGGGUGGCUACCUACACCCAUGGACAAGGAGGGCACGUUUUGGGUGUCAACUCUGAGAUGGAUGCGCUUCCUGGGAUCGGACACGCUUGUGGACGCAAUCUUAUUGGGAUAUCUGGAGUGGCGGUAGCUCUUGCAGCUAAGGCUGCUAUGGAGAGGCUGAAUAUCGAUGGAAAGGUAGUUCUGCUGGGUACACCUGCCGAAGAGGGUGGGUCUGGCAAGGUCAUACUGUGUGAAAAGGGGGCUUAUGAUGAGAUGGAUGUGUGCUUCAUGAGCCAUCCCGCACCUGGCCCUCGCCACUCUAUUAGUCUGUCUGGUUGCUUGGCUAUCUCUCGCAUCACGGUGGAGUAUCAAGGUCAUACCGCUCACGCCGGGUUAAGCCCCUGGGAGGGACUAAAUGCACUUGAUGCGGCCGUCCUUGCAUACAAUAACGUUUCCCUUCUUCGUCAACAGAUCAAACCUACUCAUCGCGUGCACGCCAUAUUUGAAGGAAAGGAUUGGGGUCCAAACAUCAUCCCGGACCACGCUAUAAUGCAGUGUUUAGUCCGUGCUCCCACGACAUCAGAGGUGGAAGAUACUAGGAAGCGCGUCAUUUCCUGCUUUGAAGCUGCUGCACUCGCAUCUGGAUGCAAAGUUCAAGUCACGAUCGGAUCGGUAGGCAACGAAAUCAGGCAAAACAAAGCACUUGGCGACGAGCUUGCUGAUGUCGUUCUGAAGCGCUAUGGUUGCAUCGACUACGAAUGGGGUAUGAAGAAUGCUUCUACUGAUUUCGGGAAGAUAUCAUACUUGAUGCCUAGUCUUCACUCUAGUUUUUCCAUCCCAACCAUUCCAGCCGGCGGGAAUCAUACACCAGGAUUCACGGAAGCUGCACGUUCCGAAGCAUCCCAUGACGCCUGUUUGGUUGUAUCGAAGGCACUCGCAGCUGUAGGCAUGCGAGUACUGACUGACGACGUGUUCUUCCAGAAAGUCAAAGACACAUUUGAGGAAGAUAAGAAACUAAGAGCGUAGCUGCUAUCCGUCCAUGGGCCCCUUAUAGGAUUAGAGGGAAGAAUUUGCAUAUAAAAUAUAGUUACAUUCAAUGAGUCUGUUCUCUUCUGUCUUCGGCUAACAUCACAGUCUCGAACCAGACACUGACAUCGAAUUCCUCUGGGAAGCGCUAGUGAUGUUGCUCCGCUUCCCGAAAAGUCUGGGCCAAAUUCCAAUACAAGUAUUUUAACGAAGGUGCGAGCGGUGUGUCAACGGACCACAACAUCUACCACUUAAAUAGCAGACUUGAGUCGUAACAGUGAACGCAGCGAAGUUACGCGGAGGCAAGGGGGGAAACAAUCGAAUACCUGUGGCAUCGUGGCGACCUUGCAGCCCACUGGGGAAUCAACGGGCUCAGGAAACCGACAACAUGUGAUGGGGCUAUAUAUAGUACAAUACACAGUGGGUGCAGAGAAUGAAAGUGCAAAUAACAA